ACCGGGUGGCGUCUGGUGCUCCAUAAAGGGGCCGCGCUCUCCACUACGCGGGCAGCAGCUACUAGCUGCGAACACAGGCGAGAUGCCGAUUGUGUGCCAUCAGGUCCCGGUGCUGGCAGGUAGCGCCACAUUGGCCACCAUGGGGACCCUGAUCCUGUGCUUAAGGAAACCUGCCAGUUAUGGGAAACACUGCGAGAGUGUGUCGUCGGGAGUUCCCCUCCUGCCCGCACGCAUAGCCUGGUUCCUGCAGGAGCUGCCUUCCUUUGUGGUGUCGGUAGGGAUGCUCGCUUGGCAGCCGCGUUCCCUCUUCGGACCGCCGGGAAAUGUGCUAUUGGGUCUCUUCUCCGCACAUUACUUCCACAGGACAUUUAUUUAUUCAUUGCUCACCAGAGGAAGGCCUUUACCAGCUUUGAUCUUUUUGCGAGCCACUGCCUUCUGCAUAGGGAACGGACUCCUUCAAGCCUACUACCUGGUUUAUUGCGCAGAAUACCCCGAGGAGUGGUACACAGAUGUGCGGUUUAGCUUCGGUGUCUUUCUAUUUAUUUUGGGAAUGGGAAUCAACAUCCAUAGUGACUACAUGCUGCGCCAGCUUAGGAAGCCUGGAGAAGUCAUCUAUAGGAUUCCACAAGGUGGCUUGUUUACAUAUGUUUCCGGAGCCAAUUUCCUGGGCGAGAUUAUUGAAUGGAUGGGCUACGCCUUGGCCACUUGGUCCGUUCCAGCCCUUGCUUUUGCAUUUUUCACACUUUGUUUCCUGGGGAUGCAAGCUUUUUACCAUCACAGGUUCUAUCUCAAGAUGUUUAAGGAUUAUCCCAAAUCUAGGAAAGCCCUUAUUCCAUUCAUCUUUUAAAGAACCCCAAUUUUAAGGGACAAAACUUCUAUGGAGAAACUACCCAGCUGCUAAAACUAUAAACUGCGGCCUAUAACUGAAGUGUCUUGCUCAAGUAUACACAUGAUGAUGAUGUGUUAAUAGAUCUCUUGUUAUUCGAGCUGCUUGAGGCAUGCAGAGUCAUGCCUGCUCAGCCUGCACUCCUGUCUGCCCAGAGAGCUCUAACCUCAUUUCUUCUUGGAGCUUCACAGGGGCCAUUUUAUUCUUAGCUAUCCUAUCUAGAUGCCUCCUGAUUCUCCAUCUUUUCCCCAGUGUAUGAUCUGAAGAUGUGACUGUUUUCUUAUUCUUUGUCACUUUUGGGAAGUUCUGCAUUCAAAACCCUUUGGGCUGACAUAACAAAAAAUGAAAUUAUAACAUUUUCAGGAAAGUGGGUGGAACUGGAAAUUAUUAUAUUAAGCAACCUAACCCUGACUCAGAAAGACAAAUAUUGCAUGUUU